UAAUAGUCUUAAGGAUCUAAAAUGGUUGCAGUAGAUCGUGUUUUUAAUCCAAAUGGUACUGUGUUGCACUUGAAACAGACUAAGAAAGAGCUGUUUCUUUGGAAUAGAAAAGUUCAUUUCUGGGAUCGUGUGAAGUUGGGGUCACUCAUCGUGGAACAUAUCGGGCUCUUAUUUGCUCCUUUCUACUUUACCUGGAAUGCAUUUUGGGUUGCGUUGAUAUUGGGUGUGCUAACUUUACCCAUAGGGAUAAGUCUAUCUUACCAUAGAAACCUUAGUCACCGUAGUUUUAAACUACCAAAAUACCUUGAAUACUUGUUUGCUUAUUUUGGACUUCAUGCCGUACAGGGAGACCCAACGUUUUGGGUAAGCGUUCAUCGGUACCACCAUCAGUUCACAGAUACUGAUCGAGACCCACAUAGUCCAAUCGAGGGGUUUUGGUUCAGCCAUAUCAAUUGGGUUUUUCAUCACAACUAUCUUUGGGAAAAGUGCGGAAAAUCAAACAAUGUAAUGGAUCUAAAAAAGCAAGUCUACUACAGGUUUCUUCGGAGAACACACGCACUUCAUCUUCUCGGACUUGCACUUUUGUUGUACGUUGCAGGAGGCUUACCACACCUUAUCUGGGGAAUGAGUGUGAGACUAGCAGUCAGUCACCAUAGCACAUUCAUGGUGAAUUCAGUUUGCCAUACAUGGGGGAAAACACCAUGGAAUACCAAAGACUUAUCUAAGAACAACUGGAUGGUGGGAUAUAUAGCAUUCGGAGAAGGUUGGCACAACAACCAUCACGCCUUUCAGUACUCUGCUCGGUUAGGGCUUGAAUGGUGGCAGCUCGACAUUCCUUGGUACUUCAUAAAGCUUCUCGAGUAUCUUGGAUUAGCAACAAAUGUUAAAGUUCCUACGGAGACUCAGAAAAGAAAAUACUCCUCAACAAACCCAUAAUUAAUACAAAAUCUAUAUAUGGAUACUUCAGGACUUAGUGAGUGCUACUUCUCCCCAGGAUGGUUUGCAGGUUUGCUUAUUGCAAUAAGGUAUGCGUGAGAUUCAAUUAGUAUUAAUACAGUGAUUAAAACCUAGUUUCCUUCAAAGUGUGUGUGUAAUGUUCUGUUGAUUUAAAUUACUGGUUGUAAUCAUGUUUAUUUAAUACCAAAAACAACUGGGCACUUGAAUAUGUAGGCGUGUCUUACUUAGGAACAAUGGUGUCUAUUUGGAUACUCUCAAUGUGUGUGACCACCCAGAUUCCAGAAGGUUUUGA